UUCUUUUAUGGGCGGAGCCUCGCCCUAAGCCACGUCUAGUAAGCUGUUUUCCUAAUUAGGGAAGGGUCCCGCGCGGGCGGGGCGUGGAGCUGAGCUUGUCCCGGUGUGCGCUUGCGCCGAGCGCCGGGACAGGGCGUGUUCCUGGUUCGGGUGCUGGAUUCACACCGACCGAGUGCAUCGCUCGCCGCCGGAGUGAGCCCUGCGGAAUCCUGUCGUUUCCACGCCCAACCUGUUAGGUGCUGCCUUUCACAGUCAUGUCCAAGUCUCUGAAAAAGUUGGUGGAGGAGAGCAGAGAGAAGAACCAGCCGGAAGUGGACAUGAGUGACCGGGGCAUCUCCAACAUGCUGGACGUCAACGGCUUGUUCACCCUGGCCCACAUCACACAGCUGGUCCUCAGCCACAACAAGCUGACAACUGUGCCACCCAACAUAGCAGAACUGAAGAAUUUGGAAGUGCUCAACUUUUUUAAUAACCAGAUUGAGGAGCUGCCCACGCAGAUCAGCAGCCUUCAGAAACUCAAACACCUGAACCUUGGCAUGAAUAGACUAAACACGCUGCCUCGAGGAUUUGGAUCCCUGCCAGCUCUGGAGGUCCUUGACCUGACUUAUAACAACUUGAGUGAAAAUUCUCUUCCUGGAAACUUCUUCUACCUGACCACCCUGCGUGCACUCUAUCUCAGUGACAACGAUUUUGAAAUCCUGCCGCCUGAUAUUGGGAAGCUCACCAAGUUGCAGAUACUCAGCCUCAGGGAUAACGACCUGAUCUCGCUGCCUAAGGAAAUCGGGGAGCUUACUCAGCUUAAGGAGCUCCACAUUCAGGGGAACCGCCUGACCGUGCUGCCCCCAGAACUAGGAAACUUGGAUUUAACUGGUCAGAAGCAGAUAUUCAAAGCAGAGAACAACCCCUGGGUUACCCCCAUUGCUGACCAAUUCCAGCUUGGCGUGUCCCAUGUUUUUGAAUAUAUCCGUUCUGAGACCUACAAAUACCUCUACGGCAGACACAUGCAGGCAAACCCAGAACCGCCGAAGAAAAAUAAUGACAAAUCGAAAAAGAUCAGCCGGAAACCCCUGACAGCCAAGAACAAAUAAGGGGUCCUCCAUGGGCUGGACUUCUGGCCGCUUCUCUCAUCAUUCUGUUCUCUCUCAUUCUACCACACAUGUGAAUACAGCAUGCGUGUGGGGUUUUUUUUUUUUUAUUAUUAUUUUGUUUUCUCUUUCUAGUGUUUACCACCUUCCCUUGUAAAUUCUUUUUGUAGGUGGUAGAUUUUUUAUAACUUCUUCCAACUCUUUCCAUUUGUUUCCUUGAAAUUGCCCCAGGCAGGAAACAAAGCUCUAAUUCAGUGGCAAAUUGCACAUGAGCACAGCUUUCAGCUUCUUGAAUAGAGGUUCACAGAGUUACUUAUUAUGAAAAGAAGAAUUAAAAUCAUGUAAUCAUUUAAAUGUCACCGUUCACACUAUUCACCCUCCCGUUUAUUCAUUUAACUCACCACUUGCGCUUUAUUCAAAGCUUUCCUUCACUCCUGAGAUAUUAUGUGAACUUGCAAAUGAUUUUAAUAAAAUCUCGAAUUUGUAUCACCUGUUGCGUCUUGAAUAAAAAAAAAAAUCUGA